AUGCCAGCUCAAAAAUCAUUCAAGAUUAAGCAAAAAUUGGCCAAGGCUAAGAACCAAAACAGACCAUUGCCACAAUGGAUCAGAUUGAGAACUGGUAACAAAAUCCGUUACAACGCUAAGAGAAGAAACUGGAGAAGAACCAAGUUGGGUUUCUAA